AGCACAAUAUCCUCACAAUAAUCUACCACAUAGGCUACAUUAUAAGUGCUCAGAAACAUCACACAAGACAAAAAUGGAAUUGAAAGACAGCAACUUGACGGCGAAUUGUUCUCCUGUGACUGUGUUCAGUCGUGAAGUUGUAUUGGCUCAACAAAUUACUAUUAGCAUUACCUGUAUUCUGUCUCUCUUUGGAGCAGGGCUCAUCAUAUUCUCGUAUGUGGCAUUUAAAGACUUGCGAACUGGAGCUAGACAGAUCUUGGUGCAACUCUCCAUUGCAGACAUUAUUGUAGCUGCCUCUCACAUGUUCGGGGUGCUGAAUAAUCUCCCCAAAUAUGUUCAUCUGUGUGAUUCUGAACCUACAGAAGACGAAGGUCGCUCGGAUCCUGCCUGUGAAAUUCAAGCUGGUUUUACGAUGUUUGGUGUAAUAGCGACCUAUCUAUGGACAGUGGCAAUGGCGGUGUAUCUGCUGGUCAUCAUUGUCUUCGAGAGUAGAAAUGUUGGAAAGAGACUUCGCAUUGCUUUCUACCCUAUCUGCUGGGGCAUACCGCUGACCGUGGCCAUUGUGUUUGGGUUUCAGAAGUUUCUCGGAUUUGAUGAGAGUUUGGAUGUUGGUUGGUGCUACCUGACUUGGUUGAAUGACUCCACCAUGACCCCCCAGCACAGGCCUCUAGCACCGCAGCUGUUCGGAUAUGCCCUCUGGUCAUACCUCACCUUCCUACUGUUACCAUUGCUGUACUUGUGGAUCAGAUGCUUCAUCCGAGUCAAGCUGACGAGAAUGCACGGUAGGAUGCCCAGUCCCACUCGCAAAUCUCGUCUCUACGAUGUGAAGCUGACGUUCAUUCCUCUCCUCUUCUUACUGCUGAGGAUGUCUGAUCUGGGCCUUGCCAUUCCUCACCAGUAUCUCUCCUACGGGAGCAGGCUGCAGUUCAGGAAAACAUGGUGGAAUGCUGCCCUGGUGCUAAUUGCUGGCGUUUGUUCUUCGGCCCAAGGACUCGUGAAUGCAAUCCUGUUCUGUGCCUUCACCAGAGUGGUUCGUCAUAAGCUCAUACUGUGGGUGUGUUGUCGACUAGGGCAGGACAAGUCCACCAAGAUCUACCCUCUGCAACCCACCCCACCGGCCUCAGGGGGUGUGCUCGAGGACAGUACUGACUCAGAAAGUGGCGAAUCUCCGGACAAUUCACCAAGAAAGCAACUGCUAGCUGGAAGUAGUGAUAGCGUACAAAAGUAUCAUUCAAUUAAUCAAGGUAUCUCUUAUACCAAUGAAUAGAAAUUGUUAUCAUGUUUGGCCCCUUUUUCUGAUUAAAUUACCUCAAUACACAAUUAUCUCUUAUAUUCCCACGACUUGUGAAAUUUUGUACUGGAAUUUAAAAUGUAAAUGAUUUCCUAUUAACUUUUCCAAUUA